AUUAUCACAUAAAGUUGCACCUGAAGGUACAUACCUUUUAAACCAUGUCCAUGUUUGUUUUACUUUUGUUUUACCUGGCAUUGCUUUGGGAUAAAAGUGUAUGUAAAUCGACGUGUGAAAUUGACAAAUGUUCUGCUAAAUGUGAAGAAAGGAAUUUAACACAUGUUCCGAAAGGAUUGCCAAGAACAAUUGCAAGACUGGACUUGCGCAAAAACAACAUUAUCGAAAUAGAAGCUAAUGCUUUCGCACGUUACCAACUACUUCAGUAUAUAAGUUUACAUGGAAACCAGCUUACAACGAUACGUUGCAGUUCAUUUAAUGGAUUAACAAGACUAACAACACUCGAUUUGAGCAACAACCAAUUAAAUAUACCUACAGAACAUACCGGUGACGUAUUUAAUAAUUUGAAAUCAUUAAAUCACCUUGACAUUAAAAGAAAUUUCGACAGUUUUGAUGAGCAUUAUCCGUUCUUAGGUAAACUAGUUAAUUUGAAAUUUCUUGCUAUGGAUCUUAUUCAUAAUUCUGAUUUUUAUAGAUUAGGUUUGCCAAAUUUGAUUAAUCUAGAAAAACUGGUAUUCGACCAAUGCAUUGUAAAUGAUCUAAAGAAUAUCACAUUUAUACAUUUACCUUCAAAUAUCAAAGAAUUACAUUUCAGGAACUGUAACCAUAUUAAAAGUGUACAAAAGGGAGUUUUAGUGCCAUUUAAAUACCUUAGGACAAUAAGUAUUCAUAAAUCUACGAUGUCACUUCUAGAUGCCCUCAGUAUACUUAAUCCCUAUGAAAAUAAGACAAUGGAAACGAUUGAGUUCAUACAGGUGAAUUCUGGUUAUCGUGGGCCAACAGAAGUGGCAGCUCCAGACGCUGUUAUAAUUACUUCAGAAAUGAUGAGAUACUUACAAAAGAUAUGUGUGUCCAAUCUGAUUUUAGCUGAGUGUGGAAUUGUAGACUUUAAACCGAAAUCUCUACUAUACUAUGAAAGGCCAGAAUGUUUCAAAAAAAUAGUUUUUUCUGGAAACCGAUUUCCGAUGAUGAAUCAAUUCAUUGAGUUAUUGCCACUAGCUCAUAAAUCGGUAAAUUUGACUUUAUUUGAUUAUUCGUACAAUCCUUUGUCUUUCUCUGAUGAAAUAAAGUAUUUACAUUAUGAAAAAGAUGUUACAGACACAGACAUUAAAACUCGAUUGUUCUCUGACCAAUAUUCUGUGUAUGAUGAAGAAAGAAACGAAUUGGAAAAAAGUCCAUAUGCAUUUACGAAAUAUAUUGAAUCAAAGUAUUAUUCUGAAUAUGAGGACAAAAAGGGGAUUGUACAAUUUCAUUUAAAGCUGCCAGAAAACUUGCAUACAUUAAGAUUAUCACAUUUUCUUAGAAAACUAGAAUUACUUGGAAAUAUUUUAAUUCUGACGGCCCCAAAUUUACAGUAUCUUGAUAUUAGCUACUUUGAUGCUAAUUGGUUUCCGAUAAUACAAUUUAAUGGGUCAAAUAAUCUGAGGUUUAUCAAUUUUUCUGGAACAACAUUGUCAACAUUCUUUUUAGAAUCGAUGCCUCAACUAGUAAAUACAACAAUUGUUCACAUGAAAUAUACUCGACUAGGUCACACGUUUCAAAGGUGUCCAACCGCCUUAGAAUUUAUCCCAUCAGUUGAGGUAUUGGACAUUUCAAAUAAUAAUAUAUGGUUUCUACCAGAAGAUGUCUUUGUGAACAACAGUGAAAUACAAAACCUCAGCAUAUCAUAUAAUUUGCUUUAUGACAUACCAAAGGCAUGUUUAUCUCUUUCAAAUUUACAGUUUCUCGAUAUUCGUAACAAUUUCAUUCAAUCCAUUAAUGAAACUGCACGCCAAUGGCUUGAACAACAAAACAUAAAGAAUAGGAAUACAUUUCAACUGUUUCUUAAUGGAAAUCGUUUCAGAUGUACUUGUGAUACUCUUAAGUUUGUCAAAUGGAUCACCAAAACAAAUAUAAGUUUAGAUAAACCUAAAAGAGAUUACUGGUGCACAUUAAAAAAUGGUACAGUUAUGACUAUUCCAGAAGUGAUGCAGAAUUAUCAUGAUCUUUUUAUAGACUGCAACAGUGGGCACUGGCUUCGGAUAGGAAUCGCUCUACUUGUUUCUUUUGUUGUGUUAACAAUUCCCGUUGCUCUUGCAGUAAAUUUCAGAUGGCAACUUGCUUAUUGGAUUUAUAGAAGGUUUAGAUCAGUUAUCGAGGAGAGAAUGAAGUUGAAAUCUAAAUAUGACAUAUACAUAUCAUAUGGGGACCAAAGCUUACACUGGACAAUAAAUACUUUAAUACAUAAACUUGAAAAUUCGUGGAAGAUGAUUACAUGCUUAGACGACCGGGACAUUCUUGGUGGAGACAUAUGUUCUGACGCGAUUGCAGAAUCAAUAAGUAAUAGCAGGAAUGUGAUUUUUGUUAUAGAUGAUUCGUUUCAAGACCGUAUAUGGGGGAAGUUUGAAAUACAAAGAGCAAAGUACGAAAAAUAUGCCGGAAAUCUGCAGCACAUCAUUAUAAUAAAAAAGUACAACAUUACAGUGCAAGACUUUCCUUCAGAACUUCGACAGAUUUGGGAUGAUAUUAUAUUCAUAGAAUGGUGGGACAAUGACGAUAGUGUUGGAUGGGAUAGGCUGAGAAUUGCACUUUUUCAAAAGGUGCUAUAAAUUUCUGUUACGCCGAUGUGUUUUAAUACACUUGUACAUUAUUUUUUGACAGGAACUGAUAUGCUUUUCAUUAUGUGUUAUCGUUUCAUUUGCGUAGAACUCUGUUUUAGAGAAAGCUUGUUUUUGCACAUAAAAGUACGAGUUCCGACCUUUCUUAGUAUUUAUUUUCUAGUCCAAAGUCUCAAAGUAAAAGGUGUAGAAGAAAUAUUCAGUUUUGCAAAAUGACACGUACGGUAUCUAACUAUGAAAAUCUAACCAUCAACCUAAUAUGUAAGGAAACUUCUAGAAAACAAGAAUAGAACACUUUAGUACUGUGUACAAGAAACGAAUAUAGUUGCUAUAUUUUAACAGCAUAACGAAU